AAAACCACUUAUAGACCAGUUAAAACUGAUUACAUUUUAUUAAAUUGAAUAGCAAACUGAGCUCGGUCACUUUCUUUGUUAGAGAGUCAUUGGGUGUAGUAUGCUUUCACAAAAAAAGUUAGUCACGGACGAAUUUAGCUUUUUCCUUCCUUCCGGUUUCUUUAGGUAAUAUAGUGAGACAAUGGACUUAUGAGUGCAGACUCAAAAGAUUCGAAGAGGAAUGAGCAACACAAAAUCACGCUUUCUUCGAAAGAAAAUAUGAAUGAAGAUUAUGUUGAAAUCCAGGAUGAAUAUCCGCGCCCAGCAUUUGUAGCCUUACAAGACUGGAAAGAUAGACCAUAUGAAUCUCUGAAAAGGGAAGAAAUCGGCAGAUAUGACAUGCUCCGACAAAACCAUGAAAAAUCCAAUCACAAGGAAAGAAAUUGUGUUGUCGUUGGCGAUGAAACUGAAAAACAUAAGAAACCCAGUGUGUCUAUCAAAACAAUCAUUGUCAUUAUCACCAGUAUUUGCCUCAUUGGAGGUUUUGUGACGAUGGCAUCAUUUUUUGCUGUUAAGCAGAAUAGCAAUUAUGGGAACACUAUAAUUGUACAAGAGGAUCAGAGGAAAAAUAUUGAACUAAACCAGUCAUUGCAACAGCAAACAAGCCGUUUAAGAAGUAUAAUCGAGACUCCUCACACAUGGUCUUCGAAUGGAAAGUCCAUUUACAUAUUAUUUCAGAGAAGAAUGACUUGGAUACAGUCUCAGGAUUGGUGUUCUGGCAUUGGUGGAAAAUUAGCAGAAGUGGAAACAGAAGAAGAGAAUAAUUUUAUUGUGAACAACUCUUUGAGUGUGACCAACACCAUUGGAGGUGUAUGGGCAGGGGGAACAGAUAUAGAAACAGAGGGUGUUUGGAAAUGGGCAUCUACAAACACAAAUAUAACAUUUUUUGCCUGGACAGAUGGUGAACCAAAUAAUCUACUCCAACUUGAAAAUUGUUUGGAACUUGGAUCGGCGUGGAAUGAUGUUUAUUGUGAAAACAGGAGAAGAUUUCUAUGUGAAUUUUUGCAGAGUUGAUAAAUAGAUGACUUUUUAUCUAGAAAAAAUACGUUUGACAGUUCUUUUAUCUGUUUUUUAAAGUACAUAUUAUACCCUGUUCACAUAUUUGUCCCGUUUGCCUAGUUUUAAGUGUAAAAUUAUUUGCAUUAGUUUAUCCCCCAAUAGCGCAUUCAAACUUGC